AUGAGUGUAGGUACGUCUGGCCAGCUCAGAACACGGGCUGCUGCCAACAGUGCCGUCUGCGUGGAUUUGCAGCUGUCGGCCUGCAGCGACGCGGCCUACAACCAGACGACCUUCCCCACGCGGCUGAACCACCGCUCCCGGGACGCGGUGGAGGCCAGCUCCGAGUACAUCUUGCUGAGUGUGCUGCACCACCUCCUAGAGGGCCAGUGCAACCCCGACCUGAGGCUGCUGGGCUGUGCCGUGCUGGCGCCCCGCUGCGACGGCGACCGGGAGCGCAGGCCCUGCAGGCGCGUGUGCGAGGGCCUCCGGGAGGCCUGCCAGCCCGCCUUCGACGCCAUCGACAUGGCCUGGCCCUACUUCCUGGACUGCACGCGCUACUUCGCCCGGGAGGAUGAGGGCUGCUUCGACCCCCUGGAGAAGCUGCGAGGAGGCCUGGAGGCCGAGGAUGCCCCACCCUCGGGCCUGCCACUGGACUUCAUCCGCUUCGCCCACCACUCCUACGCCCAGAUGGUCCGUGUGCUGAGGCGGACGGCAGCCCAGUGCGCCCACAUUGCCAAGACCUACAGCAUCGGGCGCAGCUUCGAUGGCAAGGACCUGCUGGUCAUCGAGUUCUCGGGCCGCCCUGGCCAGCACGAGCUGAUGGAGCCUGAGGUGAAGCUCAUUGGCAACAUCCAUGGCAACGAGGUGGCGGGCCGCGAGAUGCUCAUUUACCUGGCCCAGUACCUGUGCUCCGAGUACCUGCUGGGGAACCCGCGCGUCCAACGCCUGGUCAACACCACCCGCAUUCACCUGCUGCCCUCCAUGAACCCCGACGGCUACGAGGUGGCGGCCGCCGAGGGUGCUGGCUACAACGGGUGGACAAGCGGCAGGCAGAACGCACAGAACCUGGACCUGAACCGCAACUUCCCCGACCUGAGCAUGUCCGACUUUAACUACCUGCACGCCAGCUGCUUCGAGAUCACCGUGGAGCUGGGCUGCGUGAAGUUCCCGCCCCAGGAGGCGCUGUACACCAUCUGGCAACACAACAAGGAGUCGCUCCUGAGCUUCCUGGAGAUGGUGCACCGUGGCAUCAAGGGCGUGGUCAUGGACAAGUUUGGGAAGCCGGUCAAGGACGCCCGGAUUGUCGUCAAGGACAUCCGCCAUGAUGUCACCACAGCCCCCGACGGUGACUACUGGAGACUGCUGCCCCCAGGGUCCCACAUUGUCAUUGCCCAAGCCCCUGGCUACUCCAAGGUCAUCAAGAAGGUCGUCAUCCCUGCCCACAUGCGGAGGGCCGGCCGGGUGGACUUCAUCCUCCAGCCCCUGGGAGCAGGACCCCAGAAGGUCGCCCGGGGGCUGCAGAGAGGUGGGCGCAGGCCACACGACCCGCGGGGAGACGAGGGCUUGCACAGUGAGAUCCCGGUUGUGCGGAGGCAGCCCCCUGCCAAUGGGGCCAAGCCGUGGUGGUGGUCCUACCUCAGCUCGCUGAGCCAGCACAAGCCACGCUGGCUGCUCAAGUACUGA